CCUUCACCCCAUAAUCUCAGCCUUUCCAUUUCCCCAAAAAUCUAAACAAUGCGUUUCCUCCUUUUUUUCUAUCCAUGCCUAUAUUUUCUUCUUUCCUCAGUUACAAGUAUCAUGAACAGACCAAUGUUUCAUUAAAUAGUUUUCUAGUUUCACCAAAUUUCGGUUCUCUAUUUUUGUACCAUUUUAAUUCUCCUUUUGUAAAUUGAAUUUUGCAAGCUCCAAAUCUUAUAUUGGUGAGAAGGGUAGAUUGUCAAAACCCCUAUUGCAAUUCUUGUAUCUGAAUACAGUUUGGAAAAAUCUGAAAUUUUACCUUUGAAAUCUGUUUGAAAUUAUUCAAAAUGUUGAAAAAUGUGAUUAAUCCCAGUUUUUAUGAUUUUUCCGAGUAUCAAUUGUCCGGUACCGUUAAUUACAAUGAUGCUAUUAACGAAGCAAUCUACAGAUCAGAUGAGUUCCGAAUGUACGCUUACAAGAUCAAACGGUGCCCAAGGACGUGGAGCCACGACUGGACGGAGUGCCCCUAUGCGCACCGUGGCGAGAAGGCUCAGCGGCGGGACCCACUCAAGGUGCCAUACUCCGCCAUUGUCUGCCCGGCGUUUCGAAACGGAAAGUGCCCAAAAGGUGACACGUGCGAGCUCGCGCACGGUGUUUUCGAGUACUGGCUGCAUCCCUCAAGGUACCGCACACGUGCAUGCAAUGCCGGGGUGUUUUGCCAACGUAGGGUUUGUUUCUUCGCCCACACGCCAGAGCAGUUCCGGUCGGAGACCAAAUGCAGAUGUCCUCAUUUUGAGUGUAAGGAACGGAUGGUGGACGGUGGGGAUCUCCACGGUGGAGGAGAAGUGGCCACGGCGGUGCAGCAUGGGGAGGAGGCGCCAUCUUACUCAGUUAUGCAGAGUAACAGCUACUUUGGCGGGGUUUCGGAAUUCUUGAAGAGUUUGAGGAAGUUGAAGAUAAAGGAGGAGGAGGAGAAGGAUGGUGGUGAGAAGAAGGUUGUUAGUGGGGGUGGGAUGGAGAUUUCGAGCUCGGAUUUAUCGCAUGUUGAUUGGAUUUCAGAGUUGGUAAACUAAAUAUGAGAGAUUUGGGAAUAAAUAGGGCUUUAAUUA